GGCUCUGAGGAAACAUGGCGCACAGAGCAGUGUUACACGCACCAGUGAUAUGCGUCGUUUCAACCUGUUCUUUUAGCGCAGUGUGUUUGUUUGUUUUCGUAGCUUUUGCUGCUUUUGAGACGGUAAAUACUGACAAUGUGUUCAGUGCGGGCCACUCGGCUCCCGUAGCCGUCGCUGCCGCUAGGGAUCUACGGUACUUGUUGUAUGACGUGAACCCCCCCGAGGGUUUCAACCUGCGCAGAGAUGUGUACAUCCGCAUGGCCUCCCUGGUGAAGACGUUGAGGAAGGAGGGGGAUGACUGGGUAUUGGUGCUCCCUCCGUGGGGUCGCCUCUACCACUGGCAGAGCCCUAACAUCCACCAGAUCCGCAUCCUCUGGUCAGAGUUCUUCAGCCUCACCAGUCUGCAGGCCAACGUGCCUGUUAUUGAGUAUGAGGAAUUCAUCGCUGAGAACGGAGGCCCAUUCAUAGACCAGGUUCUAGUGCUGCAAAACUACGCUGAGGGAUGGACUGAUGGGAAAUGGGAGGAAAAAGUUGAUGAGCGGCCGUGCGUUGAUAAGUUGAUGUACUCCAAAGACAAACAGGGCUACUACAGGGGCUGGUUUUGGGGCUACGAGGAAACGCGAGCUCGAGAAGUGACGUGUAUGUCGGCCCAAGGUCAUGCCUCCAUUAUGGCUCCAGUUCUUCAGAAAAACAUCACGGUGACAUCGGUAAUGCUCGACCGAGCUGAGACGCUCCUUCAUGAUCACUAUGCUGGGAAAGAUUACUGGGAUACCCGCCGCAGCAUGGUGUUUGCCAAGCACCUCCGACUCAUAGGAGACGACUUCAGAGCAAAGCACCUGAACUCUACGGAUGAGAGAGAUCACAGCGUUUAUAGCGAGGACUGGACUCGCAUGAAAGCCAAGCUGGGUUCAGCGAAAGGGGGUCCAUAUCUGGGGGUGCACCUGCGCAGGAAGGACUUUAUCUGGGGUCAUAGGGAGGAUGUACCCAGCCUUAAGGGGGCCGUCCAAAAAAUGCGCAGCUUGAUGAAGAAGCACAAACUUGACACGGUGUUUGUUGCAACAGAUGCAGAUGAAGAAGAAUUGAAGGAGUUGAAAAAGUUGUUGCCAGACAUGGUGCGGUUUGCGGCGUCCACAGAGGACCUGGAGCUCUUCAAAGAUGGAGGAGUGGCCAUCAUCGACCAGUGGAUAUGUGCUCAUGCAAGAGUCUUCAUCGGAACAUCUGUGUCCACCUUCUCUUUCCGGAUCCACGAAGAGAGGGAGAUCCUGGGUUUUGACCCCAAAACCACAUACAACCGUUUCUGUGGGGACAGUGAGAAAGAAUGCGAACAACCCACACACUGGAAAAUUGUCUUUUAAUGUGACCUCUGACUUUCCUGACACACACAAGUGCCAAAAAGCAGUGUUAAAAGUUACAUGUAUUUCUAUGGAUUAUAGUAGAAAGAUAUUUUUUACUGUAUUAUGGUGAUUUGUUUAAAAAAUGGUUUAAGAGUUGUGCAAUCAGGUCUGUUGUGACCACCGUGACUGAAGCUCAAAAAGCAGAGACCAGGCUGCCAAAUCCACCAUUAAAUCUGCUUUUUUGUGUUGUAUGUAGUUUCCUUCAUCACACUCUGGUGUUUGACUUAAUUUCUAGUAUUUAUUACAAACACCAGCACGAAGGGGAAGCCAUGCACACAGCAAUCUCCUGCCUUUGCACAAACUCCAAACAACAUACAGCACAAGUAGUGGUUAAAAAAUCCACUUGGUACCUUUUACAAUAGAAGACAAGACUUCACCUAAUGAUUCUUCGCUCAGGUUCUGUUGAAAAGAGGUUCAUUUACCAUCAAGUGUCACUGUAUUUCAACCUCAAGUCUUUGCACACCAAGUCCGUUUUUUCAUCCAAAACUGUUGCACGUUAAGAAAUAUACUCGACUGCACGUUGUUUCAAAGUUUUCAGAAAAGGUUGUAGCUGUCAAAGGCAUUUCAGAGAGUUGUUAAAGCUGUACGGGUUCAGUCGGAUCAGAGAAAUGUAUUUUCCUCUUUUCAAUAUUUGGUCUCAGUGCGGGUAUCAAACCGGACCACUGACAUCCUGAAGUAGACUUGGAGGCAAUCGGGAUAAUUUCGCAGCUCUUUGGUCAGAAGGUGGAAUUCUCCCCGGCCCUGACAGCUCUCAGGAUUGAAUGGACCCAAUGUUUUUCUUUUCUUUUCAAGAAGUGAGAGGAAUCACCAAAUCACCCCCAUCACUCGACUCCAUUUGAUCUGCUACGGUGAAUUUUUGGAACAAAUACAAUAAUAAAACACUUCAGAUUUAGUGAGCUAGGUUUCUGUGUGUGAUGCUUUUUAUUGGAUGAUAUUGGUAUUGGAAGUAUGGACUCUGUGUGGGAAACUUUCCCCCCUUUGUUACUUGUUGUUAUGCCACAUCAGUAUUAACAUUUGUUACUUGGGAUUUUCAGUACGGCAUUACUGAUGUUGAAAAAGUUUCAAAUGUGACAGAAAAACUUUUAAUGUGUAUUUUGAAUCGUUGUGAUGCUCAAUUGUCUCCCCCUUUAAAACCACAGACUGCACUAUGUAUAUUUAGCUUAUUAUUAUUGUGUUGUUGAUAAUGAUACUGCCAGUGAAAGACUUUGAAAUGACAAUAAGGAGUGUCCUGUGAACAAUAGCUUUUUUUUUCAUUUCCUUUACCAUUUCCAUUCUGAUCUGUUUUGUCAUAUGACUCGGGCAGAGUUCGAACGUUGCGUAAAACAGUCGAGUGAGGGUUGGUUUGUGCUGUGUGUAUUUUUAUUGGUGUGCUUGAAAUUAUGAAAUUUUGAAAGUUGUGUCAAAAUUAUAUGAUGGGUUGUAUGAUA